AUGUAUGGACGUACAUCACAAAGAAUUUGUAAUUAUGAUUUAACAAAUCAAAUUUCUUCUAAAACAUGUGCAAAUAUUGAACAGUCAAAAUUUCAAACUAAACAACGAUGUCAUAGAAAAUCAACAUGUCAAAUUCUUAUUGAUAAUACUAUUUAUAUUGAUCCAUGUGGAUCAAAUAUAUUAAAACAUUUUGAAAUACAUUAUCGAUGUAUAAAUUUUAAUGAAAUAUGUUUACAACUAUUUCAUAAUUGUUCAUUAUUAAAAGAUUUAAAAUGUAUAGAAAAAAUUCAAGAUGAUUAUUCAUGUCAAUGUCCAUCAACAAUAUGUGAAUAUAAUCAUAAAAGAGAAUUAAUUGGUUUUAUUGAAAAUAUAUGUUCAGCAGAAAUAUUUCAAGGUAUAUAUUGGCCUAAAACACUUGCUAAUAAAGGUCAACAUAUGUCUUGUCCUUAUCCAUGUACUGGUCAAAUAUUUCGUUUUUGUCAUAUGAAUAAUCAAUGGUCAAAACCGAACUAUACAAAUUGUCAAUGUCCGAUAAAAAAAUUUGAUCAAUUAUCAAUGCAUAAUUUAGCUCAUAGCUAUGUCUUUCAAUGUAAUUUUUGGUUAAUCAAUAGAUUUUUGCCUAAGGAUAAUCAAUGCAUUUUUGAAACAGAUGAACAUAAUAAUGAUGAUGGUUCCGCUACUUGUCUAUUAAAUGCUUUUAAAAAGAUGUCAUUUACAUCCUGUUUAUCAUUUAGUAUUGAUUUUAAAAAUCUUGGUUUUGAAAUAUUUCUACCGAAUAAUAAUAAUCAACGAAAAUUUUAUUUACCAAGAAUUAGUAAUGAAUUUAAAACACAAUUUGGUUUAAAUCAAAUUCUUAUUAAUAAAAUUUAUAAUUCAUAUGAAAAUUUACCAAUGAUGUUUAUUGAUACAAAAAAUUCUAGUUCAACAAUAAAAUCAUUAAUUUUAGUUGAACAAUCAUAUAAUUUAACUUCAAUACAAACAGCAAAUGUAACAGUAAUAUUUAAUCAUCAAUCAUCGGAAUUACGUUAUCAAUGUCGUGCAUAUCGUUCAACAAAUUCAUCCUUUCAAAUCGAUACAUCAGAUAUAUUUUUUACAUGUCAAUUAUUAUGUUCAAAUGGUAGUCAUGUUAUAUGUCAAUGUCCAUUUUAUAAUCCUUUUAUGCAUUAUAUUUUACAAGUUGAUACUUCAAUAUCUGAAGAUAAUUUUGAAUUAUUAAUGAUUGAUAAUGAUUUAAAAGAUAAAUGUUUAAUUGAUUCAUUUAAUAGAUCAAUUCAACAAUCAUUAAAUAAAAUUGAUUAUUAUUUAAAAAAAUUUUCAUCAUAUCAACAAAAGAAACUUUUAGCUAAAAAAUUUAUUUCAUUUAUUGAUACAUUAAUUGAUAAUGAAAAUGAAUGGUUAACUAAGAAUUUUUAUUUAAAAUGGAAUUUAACUAUUCAAUUUAUUCAACAAUUAGAUUUUAUUAGUUUACAAUUAAUUAAUAUAACAAAUUCAUUUAUUUCUAUUAAUAAAUAUAUUGAAUUUUUUAUUAAUUCUCAAGAAUUUGAAAAUAAAAAUCAAUCAAUAAGAAUUUCAAUUGAUAGAAAAAUUAAUUUAACAUUUUUUAUUAUUUCAAAAUUAGAUAAAUAUUUAAAUAUAAAUCAAUCAUCAAAUAAAUUAAAUAGUCAUUUGGUUAAUUUAAAUAUUAAACAAAACAAUAUAGAAAAUAUUCAAAUCACAUUUCGACAUUUGAAUCUAUUGAAUAAUUCUAAUCAAAUAUCAACUUGUGUUUAUUUGAAAAACAUGACAAAUACAAGUGAUAUUCAAUGGAGUACUGAUGGAUGUUAUUUAUUAUCAUCGAAUUUAACUCAUUCAAUAUGUUCAUGUAAUCAUUCAUCGACGUUCGCUGUUUUAAUAAAUGUUCGACAUAUAUUUGAGAAGUCAAUAAUAAAUAUACAUAUGAAUCGAUUAUCAGUUAUAUCGAAAAUUGGAUGUGUAACAUCAAUUAUUUGUUUAUUAUUAACGAUAAUUAUAUUGGUGAUGAGACGUCGUAUGGAUAUGAAUGAUGAUCUAAUAAUUGUUCGUAAUAUUCUUCAUAUAAAUAUGUCAAUAUGUUUAUUAAUUGCUCAAUUAUUAUAUCUAUUUGGUAUAAAUCAAAUUAAAUAUAAAUUUGGUUGUCAAAUAAUAAUUAUUUUACUUCAUUAUUUUCUUCUUGCAACAUAUUCAUGGAUGUUUAUUGAUGGAAUUGAAUUAAUAAUUGCAUUAAAACAUACAUUAAAAAUUGAUCGUAUUAGAAUAUUAGCUUAUUCAUUAUAUGCAUAUGGAUUUCCAUUACUUAUUGUUAUUCUUUCUCUUGUAUUAUCAACUCAUGAAUAUUAUUCUAAUAAACAUUGUUGGUAUUCUUAUGACAAUGCAUUUAUAUGGGCAUUUGCUAUUCCAUUUGUUCUAUUUAUUCUUGCUAAUAUUUGUUUUUUUAUUAUAUCAAUUUAUACAAUUUGUAAACAUCAUAAAACUUCUGAUUCUUCAAAAGAAAUUAAAUUAUCAUUACGUGAUAUAACAAUAUUAUCAAUAUUAUUUGGUUUAACAUGGUUAGUAGGUUUAUUUCAUCUUCAUGAACAAAAUCGAAUUAUUCUUUCAUAUGUAUUUACAAUAUUAAAUUCAUUUCAAGGUUUAUUUAUAUUUAUAUUUAUAUGUUUAUUAAAAAAUCAAAUUCAAAAUUUUUAUAUUCCUCAAAUAUUAAAUAUUUAUAAAAAAUCUAAUAUUGAAGAAAAAACAAAUCAACAUUAUAAUACAAGUAGUAGUGGUUAUAGUUCAGCACAUUCAUCAGAUUUAAAUAAACAAAUUUUAUCAUUAGAUCAUCAAUCAUCAUUUCGUACAAAUGCAGAAUAUUUAUCAAGUAUGCCUAUUGGAUUAUUAAGUACUUUUCGUUAUCAAACAUCAAAUAUAACAUUACCAAUAACACUUGAACAAAAUGAACAAUUAUUAAAAAAAUAUAAAAUUGAUUUACAUCAUCCACAUGAUGAUCAUCAGUAUUAUGAAAUUGGUUAA